GAGGAGAUCAGGCCUCCAGUGAGGGUCAUGCUUCUAAUUCCUGGGAAGUGCUGCCAGGGAAGGACAUGUGUGCCAUGCUCUCCAGGGAGCAAGGCUGGGAGUGUAGGAAGCCAGACAGUGGAUUGGGACAGAAGAGCAACUUGGGCCUGGGCAGUGGCCUAGAUGGCGCUCCUGCCUGGCCAGUGGGGCGCUGUCCCGUAAGCUGCCAAGCUGUUUGCUCCAGGCUGGGGUGACCUGAGGCAGACUCCUGCCAGACCAUUUGUUCCAGAAAGAAAACAGGUGAGGGCAAGUCCUCUGGGCACAGGGAAGACUAGAGCGAAGGGUGGCCACCGUUGAUGUUUGUUUCGUUCGGAGUCCCACAGGGGUGCCCAGCCCUGUGCUGGCCAGAAAGGUAGGGGAGGAGGCAAACAGAGGCAUAGUCCACGGCUGGUGAGGGCUGCCCACCCUGGCACGGGGCUGAGGUGCCCAGUAUCAACUUCGUUAUGGACACAGCACAGAAGGCAGUUGGGAAAGGGGAGAAAGACACUGCCUGCGAGAGCAACUUGGCAUUAACAGAAUGGAAGCCAAAGGCUGAGGAACGGGCCCGUUGUGUUUCCAGGGCUGCCCACCUCUGCCAGUUGGCUGGCACUCGCUGCCUUUCGGGCACUGCUAGCUGACCUGCCGGGGCUGGGGGAGAUGGGCACAGGGGACCCCUUCCUUUCCUGAUAAGGGGGCAAGGCCACCUCACAGCAGCAUGGGUCUUGCUGAUACACUGUCGCUCCCCAUUCAGAGCUGAGUCACCCCCCACCCAGGUCAGCACCAGCCCCCAUGUGAUCAGAGGUUAGGCAUCCUCACAUGGGCCUUACCCGCCCUCCCUAGAGAGCAGCCCUGACCUGAGGCCCGGCUUGGGGUAGGACCUGGCCCUCUGUCCAGUAUUUGGCCAGCAGCUUGCAGUCUGCGAGAGAGGGGACUUUCUGGGGGCGAGAAGGGGGGAGCCGGCCCUUGGGUGGAAAGCUCCCCUGGGCCCAUGCCCUCAGCGUCAUCCAGCAGAGGUGAGCUCGGCCAACGGAAGGGAAACCAGUGAACCUCUGAGGGAGUACGGAGAGGGCCAGCUGGUUGGCCUUGCCGUACCCCACACCUGUGGGCGGGCAAUGAGUAGCCACGGCCUCCACCUUGCCGGAAACAUCUAAUUAGGGGACAGAGAGCAGCCCAAGCAAGGCCCAACCAGUUCUGCUUCCUGCCUCUUGCCACCCAGUGACACCCAGCGACAGGAGCGGCACACCGAUGAGCAUUCCAUUCAGUCUGGGCUUCUGCCCACCACAGCCCUACCGGGAGCCAGAGCCGUCGGUGGCUGAACCCCCAUCUUGCCCCCUGGUUUUGGACAUGAGCCUUCGGGACUCCAGCUAUAGUGUGGCCCCGGGGCCCUGCGUGGUAGCCCAGCUGCCCUCCGAAGACAUGAGUCGCUUGGCAGACCCCCAGAGCAGAGACCAUGGCUUCCUGCGCACCAAGAUGAAGGUGACGCUGGGGGACAGUCCCAGCGGAGACCUCUUCACCUGCCACAUCUGCCAGAAGGCCUUCACCUACCAGCGCAUGCUGAACCGCCACAUGAAGUGUCACAACGACGUCAAGCGGCACCUCUGCACCUACUGCGGGAAGGGCUUCAAUGACACAUUUGACCUGAAGAGACAUGUCCGCACCCACACCGGCGUGCGGCCCUACAAAUGCAGCCUGUGCGACAAGGCCUUCACGCAGCGCUGCUCCCUGGAGUCCCAUCUCAAGAAGAUCCACGGCGUGCAGCAGAAGUACGCGUACAAGGAGCGGCGGGCCAAGCUGUACGUGUGUGAGGAGUGCGGCUGCACGUCUGAGAGCCAGGAGGGCCACGUCCUGCACCUGAAGGAGCACCACCCCGACAGCCCGCUGCUGCGCAAGGCCUCCAAGAAGGUGGCCGUGGCCCUGCAGAACACCGUCACCUCCCUGCUCCAGAGCAGCGCCCACCUCUGAGCGGGCGCCCGGCCUGGCUCGCCUGCCCGCUGCCUGGCCGGGCCGCCUUCCCGCCACCUCUCGCGGGACGCGGUGACCGGGCCCGGAGCCCCCAGGCACACGUGCCCACUCAGGCCCCGCACGGAGCUCCGCUCACGGGUGCGUUCUCGUCUGCUGGGCGAGGCCCGGCUGCCUUCGGUGGGCAGCAGCC